AUGGGAAGUGAGGACACGUGUGUGUGAGAGCCGCUCCAAGUAUGGGGCUGCUGCUGGCUUUUCCGAAGUCUAGUAGGGGAUAUCAGUGAUUAUUAUAAUAUUAAUAAUAAGAUAUAUAUAAAGAAAAUAAUAAGGGAAAAAAUAAAGUGUCGCGAAUCAAUCAGUGGCGAUUUAAAUAUAUAGAUAAUAAUGCCGGAGUCUGAAAAAUCUCUAGACCUCAAACUUCACAGUCCUGCUGGUGUGGACCCCAUUGUAUAUCACUGGCCGCUGACGUCGGGUUCAGGAGCGGACAAGCACGAUGGAGCCUAUGAGAUCGUGGAGACAAUACGAUGGGUGUGCGAGGAUAUCCCCGAGCUCAAGAGAGCUAUGGAGGUGAACAUUCUGUCGGACUACGACACGCGCAGUUAUGAAAGUAUGAGGCAGCUGUGUGACAAGUAUAACCGAACCAUCGACUCCAUCCUUCAGCUGGAGAAAGGAACCAGCCUCCCUGCCACCCGCCUCAACAAGCGACCAUCCCGUGCGAUGCUAAAGCACAUCAUAACCCAAAUUUACAACCAUGCUGUCGUUGAUCCUGAUAAACUCAAUCAGUACGAACCUUUCUCACCAGAGGUGUACGGCGAAACUUCUUUCGAGUUGAUUUGCCAGAUGAUUGAUCAGAUCCAUAUCACGGAAGACGACACUUUUGUAGAUUUGGGGUCCGGUGUUGGCCAGGUGGUGCUGCAGAUGGCAGCUUUAACGCCAUGCAAGAUCUGCAUCGGUAUAGAAAAGGCCGACACCCCGUGCAGGUAUGCCAUGGAAAUGGACCGUCUUUACAACAAGUGGAUGAGAUGGUAUGGCAAAAAACACAGUGAAUACAAGUUACUUAAAGGCGAUUUCCUGAAGAAAGAACAUCGUGAAGCCAUCACUGGGUCUUCCAUUGUUUUUGUUAAUAACUUUGCUUUCGGCCCCAACGUUGACCACAUGUUGAAGGAAGUCUUUGCCGACCUUAAAGAUGGUGCCCGCAUUGUCUCUUCAAAAUCCUUUUGUCCGCUUAAUUUCAGAAUAACCGAUAGAAACCUUAGUGAUAUUGGAACCAUAAUGCAUGUGUCGGAGUUAUCGCCACUGAAGGGCUCAGUAUCUUGGACAGGCAAACCUGUCUCGUACUUCCUUCACAUAAUUGACCGUACAAAGUUGGAGCGCUAUUUCCAAAGACUUAAGAACCCCAAACUGAGGUCUGCAAAAAAUGGCGAGGAUAAAAUGGACGACGAGUCUCCAGGAGUACGCAGAGUGCGAAGGGACCUAACCAAGGCCUCACUUAACUCUGAGACUUCAUCUAAUAAUUCAUCAGAUCAGAAUAAAGAUCUUGAUGACCCAGUUAUUGGUCCAACUACUAGGCGGGCUUGGAAUGAUUGGUGUUCUAGUUCAACCGUAUUAAAUUCUUCUUCUUCGGCUAAAACAACUCCAAAGGGCUCGUCAUGCAGAAGUUCAGCAGAUGAAAAUGAUGACAGUGUUAGCAAUGGUCCCACCAGGCAUCCAAGAGCUGGAACUAGAAGGAGAAAUACUCAGCGAAGAGCAGCGGCUUCCAAACCUUCUAUUGUGGAUGACCCAGACCCUCCAAUUGUGCCCCGUGCGCCAAGACGUUCAGGGCUAGGUGGGAGACAGCGUGGUGGGAAGCGUGGUCAGAGAUCAAAGAAGGUCAUCAAGAUCAAUGGUCUUGAUCUUCUCCAUACUCAGACUCUUCUUAGUACUAAUUCUGAUGAUGCCUCAGGGAAAUCAUCAUCCUAUAAGGAUCCUGCACCAGGGUGCGUUGAUCAGAAGUUGUCUAUGAUUUCUGCAUCGACGACUGGUGGUAUCUUGCGACAUGAAGAGUUACCCAUUCCUCCCAGCUCAAACACACCUUAUGCACUUGAAGUCUUAUUGGACAUCAUGCGUCAACAGUACCUGACUCUCAUAGAUUCCUUUAAGAAACCCGAAUAUAAAGAUUAUGUGUUGAAACAGAUGGAAAAUGAAAAGGAGAAAAACAAGUCUUUAAAAUCCAGAGCAGCCCAGCUGGAAAGACAAAUAAAAGUUCUAAUAGAUGAUUCCGUGGCUUUGUUACGCUCUCGCAUAUCUGAGUUGGGAAUGACGGCAGCCAAUCCAGAAGAUCUUUUAAACAGAGCAAAGGAAAUUGUUUGGCGGCAUAAGGAACUGCAGGCAAACGUUUCAUCCCUCCACCAACAAGUCACAUCAGCCGAAGAGGAAAAGGAUAGAUUGGUUCGGUUGCGACAGCAUGAAAUUAUCAAUAAGUAUCGGAGAAAUGGGCAUGUCAAUGGGAGUAUUGAUAUGUCUAAUCUCACUCAAGAGUUUAUCCUACGGGAAAUAUCUCAGACCCUGUCCCAGCGUAAGAAACUUCACACUCAAGUUUCAAGAUUAGAAAGUGAAGUUGAUAACUUGGAGAGCACCACUGCCACUGAUGGCAGUAAAAACGUUCCUCAGAAUUCUCGUUCUGACAAAUCUCCGGGAAGGCACAAAACGAGGCAUCGCAGUCGUAAUCAGGAGUGGCCUAAUAUCCCAGAAGUAGGUAAGAUUGAAGAGAAGAAUCCAGAAAUAUUAGCUCAAAAAAUAUUAGAAACCGGGAGACAAAUUGAAGCUGGACGAAUUCCCGUUCUUCCGCCCGGCACCGAAGUAAAGGUGCACGACGGUCGCUCGGCCGUGGAGGGAAUGCGAGGUCAUCCAGUCGAGCCCAGGCAGUGCGACAUAAGAACGCAUUCGCAUCAACUCCAAGAACCGGGGCGAGUCGUGGUAUUAGCCCAGAGAUACUUGCCUGGAAAUCAAGUUCCUGCGAAGACGGAGUUACCUCCUCAGCAAGAGACCAAAUAUCAACCCCCUACUUCUCGUCCUCCCUCGGAUAAAAACCAAAGAUCUUUCUCUAUGAUACGGGCACAAGAGCCUCCUAGAGUAGCUGAUUUUGAAGAUCGGUUGAAGUUGAUAAUAACCAACGUUCUAAACGAAGAUAAGUCUCCGGCACAAGCUGUGCCUCCGAGACCCUCGCCAAUAGCUUCGCAAAUAAAUGCACCGUACCCCUCUCCUGGCGGGCCGUUGAGAACGGAAUUUAAACGCGAAAACAGAGAGAGAAAAGGAGAACUUCGUGAAAUACGCGAACUACGGGAGUCAAAAAUUGGUCAGCCCGAUUACACCCAAGUAUCACCAGCUAAAUUAGCAUUAAGAAGACACCUCUCUCAGGAAAAGUUAGCUUUAGAAAAUGUUUCGCCCAAUUCCCUCAGAGGGUCAACCAUCACCAGAAAUGUAGGUGACCUUAUCAGCUCAGAAGUAGAACGUACCUUGGAGAUUUCCUCUCAGUCUUUGAUAAAUGCUGCUGUUGAUAUGACUAUCUCAGGAAAAGCUAUUUCUCCCAGACCAAAUUCCAGAAUAGCAAGAAUAGUGGAGGAAAGUUAUAGCAAGCCACAUACUCCUGACAGUAGUGAGGGUCGUCAGCAGUCCCCAGCUUUAAGAACUGUCUAUUCUCCUAUUUCAAGGCCAAAUAGCACAGAGAGUUUGCCCUCCAAUCCACACACUCCUCAAGUGAUGGAGGGUCUAAUGUAUCCACGUGUCAAAUCUCCAAGAGGUCCUCAGUAUGAAGAGAAACCUCAUAUGCCACCGCCUGUUCCUUCACCGGGUCGAGACGGGUUAGAAGCGCGUUUAGCCUCUAUGUAUGCAAAUAAAUGUCCACCCCCUCCCUCAACACCACCUUUGAAUCAAGCAACGCCUCCUCUACCAAUAUCUACCAGUGAGAGUAGUAAGUGUCGUACUGUUCCCUUGCCCAGAGCAGAAAUAUCACCAGCGUCUCAUAAUAUUAAUGAAAGUCGAGGAUUACCUGGUGAUGGCCCUGUGGAAGGGCUGGCUGCAACACUUCAUGCUCGAUUUCUCAAUAGACCACAUCUUCCGACUAAGGUUAAGGAAGAGCCAGUUGAAGUACGUCCAGCUGAGGACGAACGCUUGAAACGUAAAAUGCGUUCUCCUCCUCCCGUAUCGGUCACCAUCCCACCAAAGAAGCAACAUUUAGACGGUCCCACCUCCAGUCCAUCAUCCGUUAUGACUCCGCCACCCUCCUUAUCUUCAAAUUCAAGUAAACCUUCCAUAAUUGUCAGUCAGCCUACAACCAGUCAACUUAAAACUGAACCUCCUGAAAAAAAGUCCGAUGAAUUUGAGAGAAGUGAUUCACCUCUACAGAAGUGGCAAGAUAAAGUCAAUAGUGGAUUUGAUAAACUAGUCGCAUUUGCCUCUGAAAUAGAAAAGAGAAGAAAGUCUACGGAGGCCACAUCUCCUAGACAAGAAGGAUUUGCUUCUCCUAGAUGUGGUGAGCGUCGUUCUCAACCCUUGUCAGAAACACCCAUUUCUUUAGAAAGGGAAACAAACUUUCGUUCUGUACAAGAGGAAGAGGGAAUGCGAGGAAGUGAUCCCACGGGACCCCCCUACUCCCCUCAUUCCCCAACACGACUUUCACCUAGCCCAUUACCCCUUGGUCGCCCACCAACGCCACAAUCACCCAGGCCUCCGGUACGGACACCACCCAUUUCUUCACCUCCCCCCACUCCAUCGCCAGACGGUUGCGAUGGAGGAUCACCAGGUUCUUUUCCCCCUCGAGGGGGAGAGACACCACCUUACCUUCCUCCAGAAUUGGAAACAACUCGUUUGGUCUCCUCAGUCCCUUCUUCCCAACAUGGGAUCUAUCACCAUCACUUCAAGAAGAAAUUUUAUCAUAAAGAGCGAAUGAGCCCCAUAGACGUAGAUCACUUGAACAAUCAUAAUCACACCCAUCAUGGCAAGUUCCGUCCUAAAGGAAAAGACUGGCAGUGGAGGAAUCAGUCAUCACAUCAUCAUAGAAAAUCCCCUCCAUCGUCGCAUCAGUUGGCACCCUACAACAGCAGUGCUCAUCAUCAUCACAAUCAUCAUCGUCACGGUUCUGCUUAUCAGUCAUCGGUACCAAGACAGCAUCAUAACCAAAUGGUAUCUACUGUGCCACCCCAGCGAUCACAGGGCCAGCCGCCACAAGGAUCCUAUUACCAUCACUGAAAAACAACUAAGGAGAACAGUUGUGAUUAACCCAGUGGGACAUAUUUAAAAACUGGGGAGACAUUGUCAUGUACAAGUAAAAUUCAAGCAUCUGUCAGAGGUCACAGGAAGUUGAAUAUCAUUAUUUUCCACAAUCACUGGAAGUGCUCCGUUGUGUCCAUAUGCAACAUGUUAUAGUAGGUUUAUUUAAGCUUUAUUUAUUUUAAAAACAUUCUAAUUGAGACAAAUGAUCAUCAGCAUUAGGUAUAUAUCAUUGUCUUGCAAAAUUCAGCUUUGAUUUUGAGAGUGAAUGUUUGAAAAUGUCAUGGGAAUUUCCUUGUGUAUUUAUAUUGCCGUAGCUCGGAAAUAACUCCUCUUGGAAUACACUGACGGCGGAGAUUCUGUACUUUAGUACAUGAUACAUGACAUGUACAGUAUUCAGUAUGUGUAUUCUGAGAUAUGUGUAACAAGAUUUUAGAUGCUUCCAGCUUUUUUUGAUAAGUAUGAUUUCAUGUGUAGAGUAAAAUCUUUCUUAAUCAGCUACGGUAAUGGAGACAAGGUAUAGCUAUAGAAAUAAACACUGCCUUAGUUUUAACAAUAUAGUUGUGAUUUUUUUUUUUUUUGUUCUUCUGUGAAUAUCAAGUUUUUAAUCCAUUUAUUUUUGUUAGUGCAGCCAGCAAGGUUUUAUAAUGAGCCAUGCACAGGAUUUUAAUUGAUGGAUAAUUUUUGUAUUACCCUUUCAGGGUAAGUAAUCAGUAGUUUGUUUUAGCAUCUUAUGUUUUUAUAAAACUCGAGGUUCUAAAAUCUAGAAUGUUAAUUGUCCCAGUUUCACUAAUACAGUUCAUUUAUCAGGGUACAAUUAUAAUUAUUGAUUUGUGGAAGUAGUUGUAUGACGUAUGAAAUUAUGAUAACUGAAUAGUUGCCAUAUUAAAAGUGUAUCUUGCUGAUUUCAGUAUUACUAAUACAACAAAACUCUUCUGUGCUUUAUCUAGCACAUUCUCCAAGAGUUAGUAAAAGGGAUCCAAGUUUACUGCCCCAGCUCAUUAUGUACCAGUAUAAGAGAAUAUACUAUAUUAUGGUGCACAACACUUUUCAAGAUCAUUUCAACUUGCAGUUUUACUAUCACUCAAUGUUCCAUAUGGCUCAUUUUCAGUUUCCAUGAUGUUGAAUGAUGAAAUUGUAUUGUGUCUUGAAAUGUGUGUUUCUAAAGAUCUUAGUUGGUGAUGGUGUCUGUGGAAGUCAGUCAAUCUUCAGUUUCCUCUCUGAUAGUGACGAAUAUGGUAAUGAGUGUUUCUGUGUCGUGUGCACUAUUGGGAUAUGCAUAAAGUAUCAGCAUGUGUUAACCAAUUUUUUUUUGGAUGUUGUUUUGAAUAUAGUGUAGGAAGAUGAAUGGAGUUGAUAACCUUUUUAUUAGAAGUAGGGUUGAAUAGUCAUACAGUUAACCCCUAGUAUUUGCUGGUUCAUUAUUUAUGGAUUUGCGUAUUUGCUGCUGUUACAAAUAUUGUUCCUUCAGGUCUUGAGUCUUUUGAACAGUAGGAAGGAAAUAAGCAAUGGAGAAGUUUUAAAAUUAAUUGAAAAUCCUUCCCAGGACUCCAAUAAAAUGAUUCAAUUUGUGGUUUUUAUUUUGUUUUUGCAGUAUGACCAAAGACUGCACAUUGGAAGGGCAUUUUUCAUGAAUUUUGGUAUAGUCCUAGGCUUAAAGUGUAUUCCCAGUAGAUGCUAGGGUUUGAUUGUCAUGCUUUUCAUUCAUUGUUAAAAAAAUGAGUUCUUGUUGGCUAAUCAUUUUAUUAGAAAAAUGAAAAAGUACCUGACAGGUUUUAGAACAAGUUGUCCUUGGCCUAAACUAGUGUUUAGAGUAGUAACCCAUUUGCUGUUUCAGUAGUCUGUCAUUAACUCAAACUGUCUGAUAACAAUGUUUCCAAAAACCUUGCGUGCUGCACCUUCCAGCUUUUUGUGGAAUUGAAAACAUUAUCUUCAAAAUUAUAGUAGUUAGGUAAUCAGUGUGGGGUAAAAAUGAUGGCCUGUUUACAUAUAAAGACAAAAUAGAGGAAUUGUCCACUUAAUGUGGUAGAAAAAAAAAAUUAUUUUUUAAGUUGAAUUAAUUGGCUUUUCAAAUCAAUUGACUUUAAUGCAAUUAGGGGUAGGUUUUUGAUGAAAUGUAGGCAUUCAAGUGUGACUAGAAUAUUACGUCAUUUCUAAGGAUGUGACCAUUCGGAUCAGAUCUUCACAUUUUGGGUGUAUUUCCCUAUUUUUAUCAUAAUAAAGUACAGAUUUUUUCCUCCCAAGCUGAAAUGGGCUCUUUAGAGAACUAGUACAUACUAGGAAUAUAGUUUGGCUCUGCUAACUUUCUUUUUUACCACAGGAAGGCUUGAUGAGCCAUGGAUUAAGAGAGCAUGUAAAGAAGAAAAUCAAUAUUGUUAAGACUUCCAUAAUGUUUUGCUUAUGUAUUUAUCAGUAUUAUAGCUUCUGGUGUUUAAUCUUAUUUUGAUAUCACAGAUAUAUUUAUGGAGUAGUCAGCUGAAGAGUUAUAUUAUACCGAUUGCACUGUAGUGUUUCAUAAUGGGUUGAGAAGUGUGCAACGAGUUUAGCACCUGCAAAAGUUACUGAUAAGUCGAAGUGUAAUGUGAUGACAUGUAUCUUGCAAACAGCAGAUGGGUUACAUUUUAGGUUUGGAUACAGUUUCACUCAGUUGACAUAAAGUAAUAAAUAUUUUUAAAAUGUUACAAACUGUGUUGAGCUUAAGAGUGAAGUGUGUGUUGCUAACUUGUAUAUUUCAGUAUCUAUUUAAUUAAAUGCACUGUAAAUAUAUGUAGUGUGUAUAUAUUACAUUCUUAGAUUGAAACAUUGUAUUUUUCAGAAUAAUGUAAAUAUGUCAUUUUAUGUUAUUAUCACAUCAGCAUUUUUUACAGCUUUUUAAAAAGUUCUCGACUUUUUGUGAGUGUCAGUAAAUCAUAAACUGUAUCCAGGUCAUCUUUUUGAGUUCCAUCAGCGUCAUAGGGCUAAAUUUGGCUUUACUUUUAAGUUGAAAAGGUAAAGAGAAAUAGUAAUUAUACAUAUAGUCAAAAGUUGGGCCAAGUAUUGAGAAAUAAUAGUUAUUUAUGGGCAAAGAGGAUAUGCUGUAUGUAUUAGUAUUACACUUGGUAGAUUGUUCUGAAUGUUGACUUAAAAGGAAAUUUUCUUGCUGUCACUAGGCGUGUAUGUGUGUGUGUGCAAGUUCAAAGCAUUCUCAUUGAUUCUUGUCUUACCUUUCAUUGGCAUGUGACUACCCUUAUCUGUAGAGUACACACAAAAAAUUUAUUCACUUUUAAAUACAGCACAAGCAAAACACUCUUCAGUGAAUUAAUUGGGCUUUAUAAUUAUGUCAAUAUUAUUAGGCUAUGCAUUUACAUUGCUUUGGCUCUGAAGGAAUUUUAAGGCUGUAAUGUUUAUAGGUAACAAUGAAAUAAUUUUGUGGCAUUAUUUUGAAGGAUAACAGUUGUUUACUUUUAUCCCUCCAAGGUUUAAAUGAAGUUAAAGCCAACUUUUUCUAGAGCAGAUGUUUCUUUCUGUGUUGCUAUCUCAUUGGAAUACUUGGGCAGAUGUUUAUGAGCUAGUCAGCUCUAAAAUGCAACUUGGUAAAGUUCCGUGUCAUUAAAAUUUAUUACUUUCAAAUAUCAUUUUAAUCCAAGUUGAGGUAGGGUGGCAGAUAAUUCAGUUAGUGUAGAGCAGAACAGGGAAGAAUGUGCCGAUUUCAUGUGUUUGCACCUUCAGACUAAAAUUACUUGGUAUGUAAUCAUAUCAAAUAGCAAAUUAUAUGUAACCUAGUUCUCACAUUUUCAUCACAAAAUUGAAAGGGGAAAAUAGGUUAUUUGUUUUAUGUGCAUGAAGAAUACCAAGCACAAAUUAUGUAUUUCCCUCAACUAACUUGGUAGUUCGUAGGAGGUAAACCGUAAGAAUUAACAUACCCCACGAAGAAUGGAUUUCACUUUUCUGUUGAUUUUAAUCUGCAUAGAGAAUAACCAAUAAAUGCCUACAUAUCACAUUCCAGGUAUAGUUUGAAUUUUUUCAUUUUUUUAUUUAUUUUUUUUUUUUUAUGAGAAAGACCUUGCCAAUCUUUUUUUAUUUGUGCAAUUGCUUUUUCUGGAGUGUAUAGCAGUCCUCAGCAUUCUGGACCCCUUAUAGUAUGCUCAUUCAUUUGUUUUUUUGUUGGCUAUCAAUAAACAUUAGGUCUUGAAUUUAUAGUUCUCAUCAAACAGUUGAAUUUAUAGAAGUAAAAACACUAUACUUGUUUUCAAAGUGAGUACGUGCCCAGUACCCUGACAUUUUAGUUUUCCAAAGCAAAUACAAUAAACUGAUAAAUAGAAAUUUUAUUUUAAAAGUAAUUUGAUCAAACUGUUUUUAAUAGAAUAUAUAUUUAAGAUUCAAUGAAUUCUAAAAAUAAAUAACAGUUUAUAAACAAUGUUGUGCAUUGGCUCAUUAACACAACCUUAUCCAGGAUAUUGGUGUGCUCAAACAUAUUUAUUUUUACCUAAUAUCUUAGUUUUUGUAUGAUAAUGGGUACUAAUGUCUUGAGGGUGAUUAUUUAUGAUGAGGCUUAUCAAAAUGUGAGUUGACUGUUUCUUUCUUUCUGUUCACUGUUUUUCUUACAUAACUCUCCGAUUCCCACUUACCAGUAAUGACUAAAAACUUGCUCUUGGAAAGAUGUUCUUCAGACAGGAUGUAUGAUGAAGAUUCUUGUGUUGGUAGAGCCCUAUGUUGAUAGGGCAUAGUAACCCUAAUUUAUGUUAUUGUACACUAAUUCAACAAAUUUUGUUUAUUUUAAACAAGGCUGCAUUAGUGUGGUGACCAUGGCGAGAAUUGUGAUAUCCAUGCGUGUGUGAAGGGUUUUAUCUAUUGUUUGUAGCUGUAGGUAACUGAUGCAAUCUUAUGCAAAUAUUUCAAGAAUUUUGACAUCUUCUUGUGUUUCUAAUAGGGAUAGAAGUGCUCUUAUUGGAGAAAUAAAAAUAUAUGUAAUUAUCCAUUAAUCUUUUAGUUAAAAAAAAAAAAAGAGAAAAUCUUAUAGCAUAACUUUUGAAACAGCUCUUAAACCACUUGUGUGUGCCAAAUAAUGCUGUACUUGUUUAAUAAACUAGUACAAUAUUCAGUGAGAAACACAGUUCAACAAUACUAACCCCUUUUAAAAAAAAAAAAAAAGCUAAGGUAAGAAAUGUUACCAAGGCUAGAUUUUUGGCUAUUAGUAUGAUUAUUAAUAUUACUAGACUAUCAGUGGAUUACUUGCUAAACUGCCAUUUAAAUAUUUUUUUUUAUACCGUUAAUAUAAUAUUGCAUACUUUAUUUUUUAUCAGAGUGACACUGGUAUCAGUCAGUUUUAGGGCAUUGAUUUCCAAGCUGAUUUUCAUAGUUUUUCUGAAUAUCGAGAUGCUUUUCAUUGCUAAAGUGAAAGGGUAUUCUUAAUUUUGUCUGAACAUUUGUUUUGGUGAAUUAUGUGGGGCAUCACUGGAUAAUAAAGGAAGUUCUUUGUGAAAAAUCAUUUUUGAAUUUGUACAAACUGGAUAUGUAAGAUAUUUCAAAAACUUUUCGGAAUCUAAUAGUUCAGUACAAAUGAAAACAUAUUCAGGUUUUUAGUCUAAUCCCUGGCAACAGCUAGAUGUCUGCACACAGCAAUGAAUUGCAGAUAUCUAAGCUCCCUGGGAUUGUUCUGUUGUGAGCUGUAGAGUCUGUACAUAGUUCUGCAUUGUAAACUUUAAGGGUCACCUGCAGUACAGCUGUAGACGUAAUCACCCACCUAUUUCCUUGAAUGAAUUCAUUGAAUAAUUGAUUGCUUCAGCUCUUGCCACAUUUUGUGUUGUAUCAUUGUUAGCACUUGGUUAAUGAGACUAUAAUUUCUAAAGAAUUUUUUAUGGGUAGUGAGACCUAGUUUAUGUAAAAAAAUAUUCAUGUUCUUGAAGAUGGCCAGGAAUAACCAUUACAUGAAAUUCUUAAGGAAAUAAUGCAAAUUUCAGUUCUUUAAUAUUGUUACAAUUGGUGUAAAAAAAAUUACAGUUUUUAAGAAACCUGCCUGGUAACUGUAAGAGUUAAUUCUUAUCAGUUUGCAGCAUAUUUGAUAGAUCACAUGUUUUAUGGUUUUACAUCAUCUAAAUCUUGUAGAGUGACAUUGGAGUGAAUAUUCAUUAGUAGUUAUUAUUACAGGAAUUUUGUUUGAUUUUUUAGGUAGCAUGAGAUUUCUUUAUAGUAUCUGGUUUGUUUUGGGCAGUUAUAUUAUUUUGUACAAGAAAUAUAAUCUGAAUGAGGAUAAGUAAGUGAAAAUAUAAUCUGAAUGAGGAUUAGUAAGUUAAGUUCUUUUUGGGCAGGAGGGAGAAUGAAAAGUUGUCAAAAUAAAAAGCUUUAUGGCCAUUAGCUUUGUCUACCUUUGUUUUGCUGUGUUUUGACAUAACUUUAAAAAAAUGGGGAAGAUUAAAAACUAUUAAUGACUCUACAAACAAUUGGGUAUCUUAUUGUUAUUCCAGUGGUGUUACUUUUACUUUUUAACAAUCAUGAUUUUGUUAUUUUAAAGAGGAAGAUGUUAUUUAAUAUUGCAAUUAGAAUGUACAAAAAAAUAUAUAUAUUUCAGUUGGUAUUCUUCAUAACUUGAUCCCAUUACAGUUACAGGCUUUAUUAAAAUGUUACAGUUUACCCAGUUAUUUAAGAUGUGCUCAUCAUAGUUCAUUCUAUAGUUUUGUUUGUGAUAUACAAGAAUUAUUUACUUUGUUGAAAAUGUUACGUAUAUGCGCCCUACGUAUGAUUUGUUAGAAAUGUAUUGUAGUUUUUAAGUAGUCAUGCAGCCAGUGAUCCUUUAGUGUAUAUCUUAGAUAUAUAUAGCAAAUAUAUAUAUAGAUAUAUAUAUACUGUAUAUUUCUGCUUCAAGGCUAAUUGCAUUUUGAUUGUUGGGUUUACAUCUACUGUCACCUUUCAAACUGCAGCUCCCUUCAAGCAGAACAUCAUUAUUGAGAUGAAGAGUGUAGUGGUGUACAUUGUGAAGUAGUAAAGUGCAACUUGCCCUACUGACAAAAAGACAAGGUGGUCAUCACUGGAUGCAACCUUUUUUUGAUAUACUGUAAAAACAUGACUGAUUUUUAUACCUCUUUUCACUGCCAUUCAUAAGAGCUCCAUGCCUUGAAUGCCUUUCUGUCAUCUGCAGCAGCAUUUUUAAAUUUUUUGAAUUUAAGCAUCCUUCUUUCACGGAUGGGAAAUGUGAAUAAACUGCCAAGUGAUACCUCUUGCAAAAGAAGGUUGCAUGUGUAUAUUGUCUCAGAGAUAUUGUAAAUAUGGCUUAUUAAGCUGAAAGCAACUGAUAGAAAGGCAUAACAGGCAAUCUGUAAAUAGUGUAAGAUAUUAAAAAGCGAUUUUUGUUGUGUUGCUGGUCACAAUCACUGAUCUCAAUGUGUGUUCUAAUGCCCCUGCUACUGCCAGUUAUUCCUCAUGGGUUUUAUCAAGUCACAGUAAAUUAUGUGCGUAUGUGUACUGUUAAAAUAGAUGGCCAGUUUGAGUUUGUUAAAACACACACUGGCAUGGGCUGUGUACAUUUGUAAUCAGAUUGGUAAUUUAGGGUUUUACUAUUUUUGUUCAAUGGAGAGAUUUAGAAAUAGUUAAAAUUUCCUAUUCAGUUGAUGUUCAUCCCUACAAAAAUUAACUUAUUGGUUAUACAACAGAACUAAAUUUAAGUAGCCAAAUUACAGAAAAGGAACCCAAUUCUAAAUUAAAAACUUAGUUCAGGUAACUGUGGUCUUCCUUUUUCACAUAAAGACAAAACUUGAAAUCUUGAUUUUGUGUGAAGCUGGUGUUUUGAUUAUGAUGGUAAUGUAGGGAUGAACAGUGAUAUAUGUUAUAUCCUAAGAAUCAAAUAUUGUAAUUAUAUGUGAUCCAUCCAUUUUUGUAAGUCACUUCUCUAGUUCCAAAGAAAAUUAUUUGAAAUGAGGACUUAAAGUUCUGUGUGCUCGAAAAAAGAAAUAGCAGGAACUUGCAAAUAUAUAAAUACCUUGUAUAUCGAUAUACAUUCAGGUCAUAAAUCUGUGAAGGAAAACAUUUAAUGCAUUGGAAAACCACACUAAGAAGCUAGUUUUGUUUCUUACCAUCCUGUGGUAGAGUAGGAUUUCAAAACAUGGAUUUCUGAAGGUUUCAACGUUUUACUGAAAAUUUAUAAAUCCCUUAGUUUCUGAAUUGGAUUAACUAAGCACAAGUCCAUCUUUUGAUCUGCUACACUAGUUUGUCCAUAUGUGGUUUAAUCACUUGUGGGAUCAUGACUGUAAGUACAAAAAUUUUGCCCUACCUGUACUUAAUGUAAAAUUUCAUUUUGCAGUGUAUUACAGAUAGCAUUCAAGAUAUUCCAUGAAGAGCUUAUUGGGAUGGAAAAAUUUAUAUUAGGGGUUAACUAUUGAAAAUAAACUAUUCACUUACCAGACUUGGCAGUCAGGGAAUAGCUUGCAUGCUAUCAGGAAUAUACAUUCUUUGGUUCUUAUCCAUGUCUUGUAAAAUUGUAUCCAUUGUUCAGAAUAAAAUUCUCAAUUGUUUUUAUAAA